GUUUCACUUUCGGACAAGUGCAACUUGCAAUGUUAAAAGAGUGCUGGACUGUGCGACAACAAUAUAAAGUUUGAUCAGUAUGGAGCGGCAUAAAUCACUGCCUCUAAUAUGUGGACAAGCGUUAGCUGCAGAGACGAAAUGGUUUACCUGUUGCCUACCUGAAUAAACGUAUACUGUUUCUUCAGCUAUGUUGAUAAGCUGAUGCGGUAUGACAAGACUGAACCAAAAUUUGUUGGUUUUGUCUAUAUUUUGUGCAAUGUGUACGAUCGUGUUCGUACAUUUGUUUAUAUUUCCCGUCUAUCAGGCGCAACCGAAGAAAAAGGUUAUGAAAUAUUUGGGUGAUUACGAGCAGUCGCUUUGUAUGUACAAUCUAAAACUAUCACGUACACAUUCAGGAAGGUAUCACUGUCCGAAAGAUGGCAUUGUUACUGUUUCUCAAGGUGGUCGCCUUGGAAACCAGAUGUGGGAAUAUGCUUCAGUAUGGGCAGUAGCAAGGAGAACAGGAUUGGAACCGUAUGUACCAAGGUGCAUUCGUAAAGUGCUUGACGAAAUAUUUGAUGACCUCAGUAUACCACCGCUUUUUUAUGUCUCUCAUUGCCCAGCAAAAUGGGAUGGAAUUAUCAAGUCCCCAGAUUGGUGGAUGUACACAAACCAGAGUAUUCUUUUGCCUAGGUUUUCCAUUUUGCCAGAGCUAGUGCUUUCGUGGGUUGAUGACAUAAGACAUGAAUUUAAGUUUAAGAAGAAAUAUGCAGAUACCAGUCAAAACGUUCUUAGAACUGCUACACAAUUGAUGAACAAUAGCAAUUUAACUUUUGUUGGUGUUCAUGUGAGGAGGACAGACUACCGGCAGUACCUGUGGAGAACACGCAAAAUGAAUUUAGCAGGUCCUGCAUAUUUUCAUAAUGCAAUGGGCUAUUUUCGUGAGAGGUACAGGAGUGGUGUUGCAUUCUUGGUGGUAAGUGAUGAUCCGAGCUGGUGUCGACAUAACCUGGUAAAAGAUCACACUGAUGUAUUUGUUGUGAGCAAAGCAGGUGUCACCAGCCCAGGUCAAGACCUUGCCACCAUGGCUGCUUGCAACCACUCAAUUAUAGACUAUGGUACCUUUGGUGUAUGGGGUGCAAUCUUGGCAAGUGGGGAAACUAUUCUAUAUAAUAUAACUAAACAUUCAUCUGUACGUGUGUCUGAAUUACUUCCAAAUUGGCAUAUAAUGAGUUAGCAAUUCUGAUACAUGUCGAUGAAGUUGGAGGUUUAGUUCAUUCUAUAGAAACUUGAGUCUUAUCGCUAUAUGGUUGUUGGAUAUGAAGUAUAAUCUUGUAAUGUGAUACCUGAAGUGUUCAAAAAUCGUGUUGUAAGCUUUAUUUUUCUCUAGUCAUAAAUACAAAAGUAACUUAUGUUUGGGGCCUAUAUAAUAUGUAAUUUGCUAAUUGUAACCUUUUUUCUCCACUUGCUUGGAGGUGUGCAUCAGUUUACUUGGCUGCUGGCAGGUAUUGG